GCAAUUUGUUCUUACAGAUGAUAAAAUCCUUAGGGCCCCUCGAGUGGAUAUUGAACACCCCAAGUCACCACAGAGUUCACCAUGGCAGGAAUCCAUACUGUAUAGACAAAAACUACGCUGGGACUCUAAUAAUUUGGGACCGUCUGUUCGGAACCUUCCAGGCUGAGAAUGAGGAGGUGGUGUACGGACUCACACACCCAAUCAACACAUUUAACCCUAUAGAAGCACAGUUUGGUUAUGUGAAAUAUUUGUGGAGCAGAUUAUGGCAAUUUGACAAUCUAAGUGACAAGGUCUCAUCCCUAGUUAAAGGACCAGGUUGGGCACCUGGUAAACCUAGGCUUGGGAACAUAGAAGACAUUCCAAAAGUAAAGGCACCUGUAACGAAGUAUGACAGUGGGCUGCCUUUGUCAUUGAGUUUAUUUGUGCUGAGUCAUUAUUUGCUGGUUUUGAUUGGUUACCAGGAACUGGUAGCUAGGAAAAGUGGAUUAAGUCAACUAAAUGUUGCAUGUUUCAUUGCUUACAUUGUGCUGUCUCUGACAUGUUUUGGAGCACUUUUUGAUAACAGAUUUUAUGCGCCAUUCCUGGAAUGUUUUCGCUGUGUGCUGUUUGUUGCUUUUGAUCUUUACCUCACAAGGGGCAGGUUAGAGGAGCGUCCAGUCUGGCAGCACUUGAUCCAGUGGUAUUUUCUGUUUUCUGCAUGUCUCUGGGGUCUGCAGGCUGUAAGGAUGCUCAUGAGUCCAAAGAAUGAAAAAGAACAGCAAAAACAGAGUUGAAAUAGUAGUGUUUCAUGGUCUUGUACCCAGUAUGCUUUAUUUUAAAACAUGUCAAUCUGACUCAUUUUUCAAACCUGUUGUACUGGUAAAUAGGUAUAAUUAAAGUCAGGAUAAGAAAAAAUAAGUGUAAAUUGAAUUAAAUUAGCAUCCAGACAAAGUUUGAUUUACACUGAAUAAAAAGAUGCACUGGCUAUGAUAUAUGACACAUGAUAUAAUUUAUUGACUGCAGCCAGAGUUAUGUCACAAAGAUGUUGUAUAUUAAUAUGAAUUACAUAUACUCUGCUGAAAUUUACUAAGUAUUACUGUCAUGUAUAAUGUACCUAGCAUAACAGCGCUCAUGAUUUCUCAAGUGACUGGUGAUAAUUGUCAUAUUCUAAGAAUCAUCAAGUAGAGUGCCAAAUUUACAGAAUAUUGUCAUUUCCUUUGAUAGUUUUUACUUUGGUGUUUAAUCACAUUCAUAUGGGAUUAUUAGAUAACAGAUGAUAGAUGCAGUGUUUCCAAUCACAUAUAAUUGAUAUCAUUACUGUUGGUUAUUCUCUUUGAGGUUUUCAUAUAGAAGAAAUGUCUUACUCAGUUAUCAAUAUAAAUUUUUAGUGGUUUAGUUGGUCUUUCUUAAUUUAAUUAAUUUUUUUACCACUGAUAAAGAAGUUAAUGGUUGUGUCCUUGUGUGCUAUAUGGUACACAGGCCUGUAGCCAGUAAUUUUAUUAUUUUGAAAAAGUGGAGCUUUUACUUAUUGCUAUCAACUUUUACUUAUUUCCCCCCCCCCCUCUCCCCCUUGGCUACGGGCCUGGAAUUACAUGCUUGAUCAAGAAUUCUAAAUUGUUGGGGUUGUUAUAUUUACAUCAGGUGCCAUUAUGAGCAUAAACAUCAUAAAAAUUAUAUAUCCACCAGUUUUUAGUACGACAAAUUUCAUGUUUAAACAUUGGAGCACAAUUGCUUGUCAUUGCUCACAAUUGUAUUAAAAUAUGUUUAUUUUUGUAAAAUCAGUGAUAAAAUGUGUAAAUUUAUAUUUCUAA